AUGGCGACGCCGACAAAGACCUUCCCUAUAUGUGGUGUGACAUAUGUGGGACAAAUCGAGCACGAGUAUAUGCACGGCAAGAAGCUGUCGGUUUGUGCAAACUGCCUGGCCCUUGGAUUUCAGAAGCCUCUGAGACGAUGCAAUGGCUGUUUGUUGGUCGACUACUGCUCCAAAGAAUGUCAAAAAGCCCACUGGCGUAAGCACAAGGCAUUUUGCAACAUGGUCCAGGGCAAAGGAGACCCCAACGCCUACCUCUCGUCCUAUAGCCAUGACGAAGCUCUGCGACUCAUCAUUGAUGCCUACCGGUUAAGAGUCGAGACAGACCACUUAUCCCGAGACGAGGACCACGGCAUUUAUUACCCAGGAAAACCAAUCGACAGGUUGGUCUGGGCCAAGGGCGACGCCAUUGAUGACUUCCAGCGAUUUCUCGAUUUGGCGGAAACUGCGAAAAUCUUACCAAAAUGGUGGACGUUUGAGGAUCGGAUGCAGUGCCUUUCCCUGGCAAUUGACAAGAAUGAUCCCGAGUCCAUAUUUCACCCGAUCAAUCAGACUGAGCUUCCCCAGCGGUAUGAAGGCGACAUGGCCAUCCGGUUGGCGCUCGCCAUCCUUGCCGAGAUGUGUGUCGGAUAUGAUGGCAAGGGGCCGGCCCAGGAUAACACUUGGUUCCAGGAGUUCCAGGAAUUCCUCGACCUCCACCCAGAGGAACGAGCCCGCUUGAUUAGAGGAAGUAUUGAAAUGGUCGACUCGGUGCUGAAAGAACAUGGAGAAGAGUUCACAAAGCUGACUUGA